CUGUCAACAUGACAUCCGAGGUGAACGAGUGGUACAGAGGUCGGAAGAUCCUGGUAACCGGUGCUCUAGGUCUUAUGGGAAAGGUGUUGAUAGAGAAGCUGUUGUACAGUGUACCGGACCUGGGCUGUGUGUACGCGUUGGUUCGCUCAAAGCGGGGCAAGUCACCUGAAACGCGCAUCGAAGAAAUGUGGAAAUUACCCCUCUUUCAAAGAAUAAGAGAGGAGAAACCGCAUGUAAUGAAGAAGCUCAUCCCAGUGACUGGAGACAUCAUGUAUGAGGAGUUGGGGAUUGAUGACGAGCAUCUGAACAAGCUUUAUAAUGAGGUUUCAAUAGUAUUCCAUUUCGCGGCAAGCUUGAGACUGGAAGCACCCCUAAAGGAGGGUUUGGAGAUGAACACCAGAGGAACUCUGAGAGUUCUCGAAAUGGCAAAGAAAAUGAAGAAUUUAGUUGCCUUUAUUCAUCUGUCCACUGCUUUCUGCUAUCCUGACUACGAGAGAAUGGCUGAAAAGGUUUUUGAUCCUCCUGCUGACCCCCACGAAGUGCUCCGCGCCGCAAGCUGGCUGUCAGAGCAACAGCUGACGCUCCUAGCUCCCUCCAUCUACCAGAAGCACCCCAACUCCUACACGUACUCCAAAAGACUGGCUGAAGCCCUAGUGAGGGAAAGCUAUCCUGAACUUCCUACUGUUGUUGUCCGACCAAGCAUAGUAACACCAUCGUACAAGGAGCCAACCCCAGGUUGGGUGGACAAUCUGAACGGUCCCAUUGGGCUGAUGGUGGGCGCCGGCAAGGGCGUCAUUCGCUCCAUGCACUGCUACGGUCACUACCAUGCCGAGGUCAUCCCCGUCGACAUAGCUAUUAACAGCAUCAUCAUCAUUGCUUACAAAACUGGGAAGGAUACUAAAAGACAGGCCGAGAUCCCUGUGUACAACAUAACGACGGGCGAUGACCGCAACACGACCUGGAAGCAAGUGUUGGACAUCGGCAAGGCCACCGUCCGCAAGUUCCCCUUCGAGGGACCCCUGUGGUACCCCGAUGGGAACAUCAGACACAACAAGUUCAUACAUGACCUCUGCGUGUUCUUCUAUCACAUCAUACCUGCUUAUUUCAUUGACUUUCUCCUGUUUUUAUUCAGGCAGAGGAGAUUUAUGGUGCGUAUCCAGAACCGGAUCACAAUAGGACUCGAGGUUCUCCAGUACUUCACAACAAGGGAAUGGUGGUUCGACACAAAUAACUUCAAGUCUCUUGUCGGCUUACUGAAUCCAGUGGACAAAGAGACCUUCCCAAUGGACUUGACUAUCAUUGAAGAUGAACCGUAUAUAGAAAGCUGUAUGAUCGGAGGAAAGCUGUACUGCCUUAAAGAAAAGUUGGAGAAUCUUCCGAAAGCGAGGCUUCAGAAUAACAUUCUCUACGUAGUGGACCGCCUGUUCUCUUUGUUCUUCUACCUGGUCCUGCUGUACUGGAUCGUCUCGUACUUCGAGCCAGCAAGGGAACUGCUCUCGUAUGGUGGACCGGCCGUCCGAUACUUACCGCUAGUCGGCAAAGCAGUGUUCAAAGAUGUUUGAAAUAUAAAUCACUUUAAUUAUUGAUUUGGAAUAGGUGAUUUACUUUUGUACUUUUAUGGAGUUUAUUAUUUAAAAUAUAAAUACGUAAGUACUCAUUACCGUAACAAGAGCUGUCUUUUGUUUGAAGGGGUCUUUGUGUGUAGUUUCUAAGUUGAUAUCAAAUUUUAGGGAAUAUUGAUGUAUAUUUUUAUAUGUUUAUACUUGCCGUAAAUACUCAUACCAAAUAUAAAACACU